GAAAAUCAAAUCUCAUGGAUGCAAUUUCCUUCGUUCUGGGAAUUAAAUCUGCACAGCUACGUUCCACGCAGUUAAGGGAACUGAUUUAUAGAGGAAGAGCCAUGCAGGACGAAGAGGAUGAAGACGCGGAUCACAUAACUCCGGAAGGGUAUAUAGAAAGUCCGAAACGAGCAUGGGUUAUAGCUGUGUAUAAAGAUGAUAACGAUGAGGAAAUUAACUUUCAACGAAGCAUUACGAAAAAUGGUUCGAGCGAAUAUAGAAUCAAUGACGAAGUGGUUACAUUCUCAGCAUAUAAUGCAGAACUGGAAAAGCGAAACAUCUUGGUGAAGGCUAGAAACUUUUUGGUUUUCCAGUAUCGAGAAAAUGUAAUGAGUUUUCGAAACAUCGAUAACUUGAUUAUGAAACUUAAAAUUCUUUUAAAGGGUGAUGUAGAAGCUAUCGCAUCACAAUCACCAAAGGAUCUAACUAGACUUAUUGAACAGAUUAGUGGCUCUCUGGAAUUUAAGGCCGAAUAUGAAAGGCUGAAGAUACAGCAGGAACGAGCAACGGAAAAUUCAGCAUUUAAUCUCAAUAAAAAACGUGGUAUUAAUUCAGAAAUACAAGAAUAUCAAAAACAAAAGGCUCAAGCGCAACAAUACGAAAAACUACAAGAAGAAAAGGUACAAAUUAUUGUUGACUGUCUUUUAUGGAAAUUGUUUCAUAUUCAAGAAGACAUAAGAGAAUAUCGGGAAAAAAUAAAUAGUCAUAAUAACGUAAUUACAGAAAAGCAGAAUCUACAGAAAGAGUAUGACGCAGAACUGAAACAAGCCAGGAUUGGGCAGUCAAAAGUUCACAGAGAACAUUACCAAGUGGAAAAGGAGAUUAAGUUAAAAGAAAAAGAAUUGGAGGAAAAGCGCCCUGCUUUGCUUACAGUAGACGAGAAAAUCGCUCACUCUAAAAGAAAACUAAACCAAUUUGAGCAAAAUGCAGAAGGCGUACGAAAGGAUUUUGAGCGACAGUCUAAACGCGUCGAAGUACUGCAAUCGGAAUUGGAUAAAAUUACCGGGGAUGCCGAACAAUAUGAAGCUUCAUUAAAUGCUGAAAGUAGUAACAGCAAGAAGAGCGCGAACUUAAACGCCGACGAAAUUGCGGAGUACAACAGAAAGAGAGAAGAAGCCAACAAAAAGAUUAUUACUGAAAAACAACAGCUAGAAAAUUUCCGUCGACAAGAAAAGACGUGUCGCGAGUCAACACAGCGGUUGAAAGAGAAGAUGGAGGAUUUAGAUCGACGUCGUAGACAGCUGGAGGAAGAAAGUUUAUCUUUAUCGGAUCACAAAGACAAGGGAACUACAUAUGUGGAACAAUUACGAUCGGAUCUUGAAAAAUCAAAAAAGGAGCUACAGUCAGCUAUAGUUGAAAGAGAAUCGAUUAGUCGUCAAGAAAUUUACCUAAAUCGUGAGUUGCAAGAAGUUCUUAACAAAAUUACUGUGGCAAAUGUGGAUCAAAAUGAAUCUGAAAGAGAGCAGAGGAUGAAGGAAUGCAUAGAAAGCCUGAAGAGAGUUUUUUCCGGCGUACACGGGCGUCUUUUGGAUCUAUUCACUCCAAGUCAAAGAAAAUAUGCCGUUCCAGUCUCAAUUAUUCUUGGAAGAAACUUGGACGCGAUUAUCGUUGAACAACAAAAAACUGCCAUCGAAUGUAUCCAGUAUAUGAGAGAACAACGACUUGGACAUGCAACAUUCAUUCCCCUUGAUACGAUUGUGGUUAAACCGAUAAACGACAAAUAUAGGAGUUUUAUGAAAGGAGCAAGAUUGGCCAUCGAUGUUAUUACAUACAAUGACCAACUAGAACGCGCGUUCCAAUAUGCAUGCGGAAAUACUUUAGUUUGUGAUACUCUCGAUAUCGCAAAGCAUAUAUGUUACGAAAGGAAUCAACAGAUAAAAGCCGUUACUCUCGAUGGCACUAUAAUCCAUAAAAGUGGGUUGAUCACAGGCGGGCAUAGCGAUGAUAUUCUUUCAGGCGCGAAAAGAGUAACUGAAAAGAAACGCAUGGAUACGUUGGAAGGAUUAAAACGACAAAGAGAUGAAAUUUUUUCCAAGCUGAGUAAUCUCGGUAAAUCGAAACGGAGAGGAAAUUUUGAAGAACAAAAGAAAAGUGAAAUAUCUGGUUUGGAAUCUAGACUCGAACUUUCUCAACAGGAUCUGUUCGAGGUCACAAAAAAGUUAGAGGCAGUCAACGAUGAAUUAGGCGUUAUUGCUAAUGAAGUGGUAAAACUUCAGCCAACGCUGGAUCAGGCACAAACUGAACUUACGCGUAUAAAUGAGCAAAUUGUUCUAUUAGAGAAUAAAAUAAAUUUGAUUGAGGAUGACGUUUUUGGAGACUUUUGCCGUAAAAUUCGAGUCGCAAAUAUUCGUGAUUAUGAGCAGAGACAGCUUAAGAUGGCCCAAGAAAUCGCUGAAAAUAGACUUAGAUUUACGACGCAAAGGUCACGCCUUCAAAAUCAGUUAAAGUUUGAAUCAGAACAGCGAAAUGAAACACAAGAUCGACUUAAUAGGUUAGAGGCCGCUAUACGAGAUGACGAGCACAGGUUGUCAGAGCUUGAAAAAGAGAAGAAUCAAUUGCUGAGUGAUAAAAGACGUAUUUCCGAUGAAAUUACUAAAAAGCAAGAAAAACUUAAUGAAAUUAAAAAGGAAUUUGAUAUAAGAACGGACGCUGUUAAUUCAGCAAAGAGGCAAUUAUCACAAUUAAAUAAAGAAAUCGACAAGAUGAUGAAGGAAGUUAUUAAUAAGGAAUCAGACAUAGAGAAACUGGAGGCUGAUAGGUUUUCCAUAUUUCGUAAAUGUAAAUUGGAAGAAAUAGAGUUGCCGCUCUUGAGGGGAUCGCUCGAUGAAGUUUUAAUAAGAGACUCGUAUCAAGAUGAUGCUAUGGAUACCGACGAUGGCGAUGACAUUGCAUCAAGUAGUAGAGUAAAUUCAAAUCUGGAUGUUCAGGUUGAUUUUGAUUCCUUGACAGAAGAUCUUAUGGAGAAUAAUGGGAUAGAAAUCGCGAAAGACUUUGAAAAAAAGAUUGACGAAAUAUCAGCAAAAAUGGAAGAGAUUGCGCCCAGCCUAAAGGCCAUUGAAAGACUUGACGGUAUCGAACAACGUUUGCAGGAUACUGAAAAGGAAUUUGAUAACGCGAGACGAGAAGCAAAAUCGGCUAAAGAGGCAUUUAAUGCCGUUAAACAAGACCGGUAUAAACAUUUCCAUGAAGCAUAUGAACAUAUUGCCGAAAAUAUUGAUAAGAUUUAUAAAGAUUUGACAAAGAGUCGUAGUUUCCCCUUGGGAGGGACUGCAUAUCUUAGUUUGGAGGAUACAGAGGAACCUUAUUUGGAUGGGGUAAAGUAUCAUGCUAUGCCUCCGAUGAAACGUUUUCGUGAUAUGGAACAAUUAUCUGGUGGUGAAAAAACGAUGGCAGCAUUGGCAUUGUUAUUCGCGAUUCACAGUUAUCGACCGUCGCCUUUCUUUGUGCUUGAUGAAGUUGAUGCUGCUUUAGAUAAUACGAAUGUCGGGAAAAUUGCGAAUUAUAUUCGGGAACAUGCUUCAGACAACUUCCAGUUCAUUGUCAUUUCACUUAAGAGCACGUUAUAUGAGAAAGCUCAGGCUCUCGUUGGAAUAUACAGAGAUCAAGAAAUGAACAGUAGUAAGACAUUGACCCUACAGCUGGACAAAUACAAGGAAUAA